AUGGUUGACAUUGGGGCUUAUGGAAGGGAUAAUGAUGCUGCCAAUUUAAAUGCAUGCGCGUUUGGGAGAGCAUUUAAUAAGGGUUAUUUUAAUUUACCAAAAAUUUCUGAAUUUGAUCCUAAAGUUCCACCGGUCCUUGUUGGAGAUGACAUAUUUGCACUUAAACCAUGGUUAAUGAAACCGUACCCAGGUAAAAAUCUUACUGUUCAGCAAAGAGUUUUUAAUUAUCGCUUAUCUAGAGCACGUAGAACAAUCGAAAAUAGUUUUGGAAUUUUAGCAGCUAGAUGGAGAAUAUACAGAUCUCUAAUUAAAGCAAAGCCAUUGAAAGUGGAACAUAUAAUAAAGGCUACUGUUUGUCUUCACAACUAUUUGCGUUUAACAGAUGGAGCGCAUUAUAUUCCUACUGGUUUUGUUGAUAGUGAAAGUCAUUCAGGAAUUGUUUUUCAAGGAGCUUGGAGAAAAGUAUUACAAGAUUAA